UGUUUUAAGGUCCGACUUUCACAUGUGAGUCUAGCAACUUACUCAAGCAGCUAUUACACAGCAAAUGUCAACAAAAGAAAACUUUAACAUGUCAAACAUAACACUACAGUCAGCUAUUAAUUUACAAUGACAUGAUGACUUUCAAAUGUGAUGUGGGUUCUAUAAAGCAGGGUGCAUUAGAGACAGUCCUUCAAAACUACCCUGCACAUUAAUAAGGCAUUUUUUUAAAAACUUUUGUCAGUUUGAAGGUUUCCACACCUACCCUUUGUGUCAACACUGUGUCACAGGCAGUACGUGCAGUUCCACCCCUUCUACAACUAUUAAACACCUAAGUUGGAAUACUAGUUUUACCUGGAGAGUGGACCACAUAGCUAACAUUCUGUUCAUGUCACACACAGUUUCACUGAAGCUGAAACCUACAGGAAGUCAUUUUCUUUAUCAACUGAGGAUAUUCAUUUCUGUUAUUCAUUCUAUUUUUGUAUUUACUGGCUGUAUCCAGGUCAACAUGUCCCAUCACGGCACUCUGGACUUAGACAGACACAACACUUUGGAGCAAAGUCGUCGGAUAUCCAGUCGCAGCCAAGCCAGGAGUCAAGCCAAGAGCGGGGUCGUCCUGUGCGACUUCUGCACCACAACGAAAGAGAAGGCCGUGAAGUCAUGCCUGCUGUGCCUGGCGUCAUACUGCGAGGGUCACCUCCAGUCUCACUAUGAGUACCCUGCCCUGAUGAAGCACAAACUGGUCAAAGCUACGGGUCAGAUGAGAGAGAAGGUGUGUGCACAGCACGACAAGCUCCUGGAGGCUUUUUGUCGCACUGAUCAGACAUCAGUGUGCGUUCUGUGCAUGAUGGAUGAACACAAACACCACAACAUCGUCCCAGCUGGAACCGAGAGGACCGAAAAACAAAAACAACUUGGCAUCACGCUCCACAAAUCUCAACAGAGGAUUGACCAGAGAGUUAAGAAGUGGCAGGAUCCACAAGCUAUGGAGUCAGUUAAACACUCUGCCCAAAUGGUCCAACAAGAGAACGAGCGAAUUUUUGCUGAGCUUCUGCUUUCCAUUGAGAGGAAGUACAAUGAAGUAAAGGAGAUGAUCCACUCCCAUGAAAAGGCCACUGUUACCCGAGCUGAGAUCCUGCUGGACCGGCAGGAGGAGGAGAUCACUCUGCUGAGGAAGAGACAUAAUGACCUGGAGAAACUCUCACACACUGAUGACCACAUACACUUCCUGCAGAGCUGGCAGUCCCUGUCAGGUCCCUCAGGAUAUGAAGACCUCAACAACAUCAGUGUCGCUCCCUAUUUCUCCUUUGAGCCCACCAAGAAAGCCAUAUCUGCUUUACGAUUACAGAUCGAGGAAGUCAGCAAGGCAGAAAUGAACAAAAUCUCAGCAUCAGUGAAAGAAGUCUACAUUACACAAGAAGCUGAGACAAAGACGAGGAACGACUCAUUCAUGAGGGAAGAGCCAAAGUUGAGAGAAGAACCAAAAACAAGAGAUGAUUUCAUGAAAUAUUCUUGCCAGCUUACUUUGGACAUUAACACAGUCCACCAGAACCUUCAUCUCUCUGAGGGCAACCGAACAGCUACGAUGAAAAAUGAUCCCAAGAACUACCCUGAACACCCAGAUCGAUUUGAUCACUGGCAGCAGGUGCUGUGCAGAGAGAAUCUGACUGAUAAUCGUUCUUAUUGGGAGGUAGACUGGCGAGGAACAGAGGUAGACAUAGCCGUUACCUACAGAGGGAUCCGGCGGAAAGGAAAUGCCAACGAAUGCAGCCUGGGUUGGAACAACAAGUCUUGGAGCCUCUAUUGUUCUGAGUCCAAAUUCUCCUUUGUGCAUAACAAUAAGAGCAAAGACAUGCCACCUCCAAUGUCUUCUCGUAUUGGAGUGUAUGUGGAUCAAAUGGCAGGAACGUUGGCUUUUUACAGUGUGUCUGAUACCAUGCAACUUCUGCAGAGAGUCCAGACAACAUUUACGGAGCCCCUCUACCCUGCCUUCAGUGUGUGGGGCUUUGGUACCACUAUCAGGUUAUAACACUCAGAUUUAAUGCUGCAUGAAAUAUGAAGAAUGAGUUUUCAACAUUAUUCAUUUGUUUUUCUUAAAUGUAGAUUUUCGUUUAAUUAUUCCAUGUGCAAGAUGUUGUUUAAUGCAUUUUUUUUAAUGAAAGGAUGAGAGGCCUGAUGCAAUCCCUGCACACUAUGCGCAUUGGGUUAUCCAGGUCUGAUAGUUCAUGUUACCAAUCAAUCACACAUAUUUUGCUGAUCAAUAUCAACUUUAAAUCAUCUCUGUGACCCAACUGGUUGCAGAGAUAUAGCAGAAAAUUUGUUUUUCAUACCAUAUUUUUGUUGACCUUCACCUUCACCUUUGACUGAUCCCCUCUAAAAGUUAAUCAUCUUGAGACAACUACCCAAGUCAUAUUCCCACCAAGGUUGGUAAAAAUCUGUCUGGCAGCUUUUAGUUAUUGUGCCCCCCAUCUUGACUGCAAUGAGAUUAAGAUGAAUGCUGAAAAUAUGCAACAAUGAUAUUGUUUUGAUUUAUUUGACAUAGUCAGUUUUGCCGUGUUAAAUCAGCUCAACUAUGCACGAGGCCCCGCUCAAAACAGAAUUCAUUCCUUAUGAUAAAAUUGACUGUGUAUGAUAAUUAAACACGUCUGUCUGCCACUUAUUUAAAUGCACUCAGUGAAAAUGAAUCACAGAUUGUAAAACACUGUGUUACUAAUCUAAUUUAAGCACAAAGGUUUAACUAUGUUCAGAAAUAAAGGCAAAUGAACCAUU